UCAGCAUGCGCAAACUUUUCACCAACAAUUGUCAGUGCUGAUGCUGCCGUGCUUUGCUAUACAGUAUUACACGAUUAGAUUUUUUCCAAUAUGGAAAAACUGAGUUACGGAAUAAUAAUUUUGUGUUUCGUCUGCAACACCUACGGUGUGCAGGCUGAAAGCGAUUCGGGUUGCAGUGAGAAGAAUUCCACAGCCUCAAACGAUGAAAUUUCUCCGCCUGCGACAUAUCCUUUCCGGACGGAUUUACUUACAGUAGAGGAAUGCAAUCUCUAUAUAAAGCACAUAGAUAAGAAAUCCGUAUGCAUGAUUAUGGCGGUAUGGAUUCACAAUUUGUGCGACGUUAACGAUGAAAACCCUCGCCAGUACGAGAUGGGAGUCACGUACGUGGAUAUAUCUUGUGUGUACAAGCCGCACGCGUUUCUAGCCAAAACCACCAAGCUAGUACGGCAAAUCAGCCCGCAGCGUGCCGUACUAUUGAAUUUGUACGAAUGGAAGGCAGAAGAAGACCCGGUUACCGUUGAUAUAGUCGAUCCCGUGCGGGAUCAGACCAUACACCUGGGCGUUUUUGAUUGUCAAACGCCGAAUACUACCGCCAAAGUGCACGAACUGGGAUUAUUGCCUAAUGUGUACAGUUUCACGCUUAAUGGUUGUACCAAUAUGACCAUCCAGAAGAAGCACUUCAGCCGGAUGCCGCAGCUGCGAAUGAUUGCCUUCUAUAUAACAUCAAUCAGCGCGCUGGAGCCGGGCACGUUCACGGAUUUGAUCCAUUUGCGCAGCUUAACACUGGAGAGAGAUUUCACCAUCGCACUGGAGACUAAAGGGCAUCCUGAAAGCGCCUACAGUUAUUUCGCCACCGACGACAAACUCAACUAUCUGUAUAAUCUGCACUGCGACUGCUCGUUUGCUUGGCUGCGCAACUUUUUAGAGCAAAAACCGUUUAUAAUCGGGGAAAAAGAACCAGGAGAAGUGUUCAUCAUCGGGAACUACUUAUCCGCAGGUGUCGAAAGAAACAGAAAUACCACGGAUGUCUUCAGUGUAGACUGUUCCCGAAAUAUCACUCUGGAAAACAUUUUGAUAGGGAGCGAGUUUUCGUACAAUGUAACCCAAUGUAACCCAAUGUAAUGUGACAUGCUGAUUCGUGCAUUCGAUUAAUUUCGGGCUUUGUUUCGGAGAUCAAGGAGCUGACGUCAAUUACAAAAUUAACUUAACAAUAUGCGCACGCUUUACAGUUGUUUGACUUCUUACGUGUGCAAUGUUAAAAAUGUAGCUUAAUUACACACUUGAAAGAAAAUAUUGAAAUAAAAGUGAAACAAGCAACAGAGA